AUGAUUAAUUCACUUUUUAUCGUCAACGUGUCCGGCGAUAUUAUCCUUGAGAAGCACUACAAGUCUGUAAUUCACCGGUCGAUCUGCGAUUAUUUUUUUGACUCACAGAAGAAAACUGAACGUUGUGAAGAUGUUUCACCGGUCAUAGCCACGCCACACCACUAUUUAUUUAAUGUAUACCAUAACAACUUGUAUUUAAUUGCUGUAACUAUUUCUGAAAGUAAGUGGUCGUGCUUUUUUUUAGGUACCUAAUCUCUAAAUUCUAGCUCCUCCCUUGCUCAUAUUUGAAAUCCUUCACCAUAUGGUGAAUGUGUUUGCUGAAUACUUUGAUGAAUUCUCGGAUACAACCAUCAAGGAGAAUAUUGUAACGGUAUUCGAAUUAUUAGACGAGAUCUUAGACAAUGGCUACCCACUAACGACCGAGUUGAACGUGUUACAAGAUCUUAUCAAGCCUCCCAAUUUUAUAAGAUCCAUUACUAACCAAGUGACGGGGAAGACCAAUGUUUCCGAGAAUCUUCCCACUGGAACCUUAUCCAAUGUCCCUUGGAGAAGAGCUGGUGUGAAGUAUACGAAUAAUGAAGCUUAUUUCGAUGUGAUUGAGGAGAUCGACGCCAUUAUUGAUAAACAAGGGCAGACUGUCUCUGCGGAGAUUCAAGGAUACGUAUGUUAGUUUAACGUUUGUAAUCGCCCUUUCUAGAUUAAUUGUUGUUGUAAAAUGACUGGAAUGCCCGAUUUGACGAUGACGUUGAUGAACCCUCGUAUUCUGGAUGAUGUCUCGUUUCAUCCCUGUGUUAGGUUUAAACGAUGGGAGAACGAGAGAGUGUUGUCUUUCGUCCCUCCAGACGGAAACUUUAGGUUAAUUUCAUAUCAUAUCGGAUCUCAAAGGUAAGUCUUUAAUUAAAUAUAGUACUCCUUUGUAGUCUGGUCACCAUUCCAUUGUAUGUACGGCACUUUAUUUGUUUGAAAAGUGGAGGUCGAUUGGAGUUGACAGUGGGUCCAAAACAGAUGGGAAAGAUGUUGGAGGAGGUUACCCUCGAAAUGAGCAUGCCUAAAGCUGUACAGAAUUGCAACCUAGUCGCUUCCCACGGGAAAUAUACGUUUGAUCCAACCUCAAAACUUCUCCAAUGGGUUGUUGGAAAGGUGGAACCGGGAAGGCCACCGACUUUGAAAGGAACUGUAAGUAUACGAGAAGUGGUUUUGGAACUGGGACGAUUGGGGAAAAAGACGAUUGGGGAAACCGAAAAGUAUUAUUUUUCUUCCAUGCAAAUGUCGAAGUUAGGAUAAUCGAGGGUGCUUAUUUCGGAAAUGACAUUAAUUUUUUUUGGUUCUUACUUUUUUUCUUAAGUAGUACUUAAAAGGUAAAAGUUCAUUUUUUCUGAACUUUACCAGUUUUCCUUAAGUAGUAGUGUUAAAAAGUAACUUUUUGAAAUUUUUCUAAAAAUAUUGGAUAUAGGGGUUUUCGAGGGUGCUGAUUUCGAAAAUCAUGUUCAUUUUUUCUAGUUGUCGCUUUUUUCUUAUGUAGUACUGUUAAGUUGUAAUUUUUUGAAAAUUUUCCAAAAAUACUAGAUUUAGGGGUUUUCAAAGGUGCUGGUACUACUAGUGUCAGAUAGUACUAAUUAGUACUAGAGGAAAAGUUAACAUGAUUUUCGAAAUCAGCACCCUCGAAAACCCCUGAAUCGAGUAUUUAUGAAAAAAAAUCAGAAAUUACUACUAUACAGUACUUCUUAAGGAAAAAAGUAAGAAUCAAAAAAAUGAAUGUCAUUUCCGAAAUAAGCACCCUCGAUUAUCCUAACUUCGACAUUUGCAUGGAAGAAAAAUAAUACUUUUCGGUUUCCCCAAUCGUACUUUUCCCCAAUCGUCCAACUCCGAGUGAUUUUAACUAUUCGUUUGUAUUUAGGUGUCCGCCACUGGUGGGGUGCAACUGGAGAGCCCUCCAAUCGAUGUCCGUUUCAGAAUAAACCAAUUUGCAGUGUCUGGACUCAAGGUUAACCGUCUAGAUAUGUAUGGAGAGAAGUAUAAACCGUUUAAGGGAGUCAAGUACGUUACAAGAGCUGGUAAAUUCCAAGUUCGCACAUAA